GCCGGACGCUUGCGCAGUGGGCCUGCGGGGUGUUCAGAGGCGGUCGCAGGCAGGCCUGGCCCGGCGGCGCACUCUGGGCGGUCGUUACGGUCGCGCGCGCCUAGGGUCGUUGGAGCUGGGUGCCGGUGGCCGCGAGGGCAGCCCUGGUUCCCGACCGCGAUCCGUGAGCGUCCGCCAUGUCCAUCUUCACCCCCACCAACCAGAUCCGCCUGACCAAUGUGGCGGUGGUCCGCAUGAAGCGCGCGGGCAAGCGCUUCGAGAUCGCCUGCUACAAGAACAAGGUGGUGGGCUGGCGCAGCGGCGUGGAGAAGGACCUCGAUGAGGUCCUGCAGACGCACUCGGUGUUCGUGAACGUUUCCAAAGGCCAGGUCGCCAAGAAGGAGGACCUCAUCAGUGCGUUCGGGACGGACGACCAGACGGAGAUCUGCAAGCAGAUUUUGACUAAAGGAGAGGUUCAGGUGUCUGAUAAAGAAAGGCACACACAGCUGGAGCAGAUGUUUAGGGAUAUCGCAACCAUUGUGGCAGACAAAUGUGUCAACCCAGAAACAAAGAGACCGUACACUGUUAUCCUUAUUGAGAGAGCCAUGAAGGACAUCCACUAUUCCGUCAAACCCAACAAAAGUACAAAACAGCAGGCUUUGGAAGUGAUAAAGCAGCUGAAGGAGAAAAUGAAGAUCGAACGUGCCCACAUGCGGCUUCGGUUUAUUCUUCCGGUGAACGAAGGGAAGAAGCUGAAGGACAAGCUCAAACCGCUGAUCAAAGUUAUUGAGAGCGAAGACUACAGCCAGCAGCUAGAAAUUGUGUGCCUGAUUGACCCUGGCUGCUUCCGAGAAAUUGAUGAGCUAAUAAAAAAGGAAACAAAAGGCAAAGGUUCUUUGGAAGUACUCAGUUUGAAAGAUGUGGAAGAAGGAGAUGAGAAAUUUGAAUGACAUUCGUCAGUCUCUUCAGCUAGAAAACACUAAAGCAAAUGUUUUUGUUUCUGAUGGCACUGUUUUAUUUCUGUGAUUUGCCCAAAAAAAAGUGCUCAAUUUGACGUUUUCGUCUUGUGUUAAUGUGUACAUGAAAAGACUUCCUACAUGAAUAUAAUGUGGGGAUGAUUUUGUUUUAAUUUUAAAUUGGUGUUCUAAACAAAAAUGAAAACUCAAAGUACCUAAAGUCCAGAGGGUCAUUUUGCUGCUGUCUCACACCUUUAUAGCUUUCCAAAAUGAAAGCUGCUUGAGACAACGCUUGUGGCCAAAAAGUUAAGUUUUGUAUAUCAAAUAAGUAAGAUUAUUUGGGGAAUAUGUCUUUAUGACAAAAGAGUAUUUACUGGAAAAGAAAACUGUUUUGUUUCUACGUAAUACAGUCCAUAGGGAUAACUAUCGUGUCGGUGAAGCUUAGAUGACGACUUCCUGAUUAUCUGAAAAUAGGUGUGUGAUGACUGCAGGACUAAGUGAUUGUCAUGAACAUGCCGCCGUGACGUGGGUGAUUCCUGGUGAAAGUCAUUUAUUUCUAAUUCUUAAAGUUAUAAUAUAUAUUAAUACAGCUAAAAUUAUAUGUGAUCAAUAAAACUACUGUUAUUUUUAUUAAACUGGCUUGUGUUUCUAGA